UCAAGUGCAAAAUCGGCUGAGGCAACAACACUGCGCAAAGACAAUGAACCGGUGUCCGGCCGGUCAGACCGGAGAAUACAGAUUUUAAAACGGACCACUGAAGUCGAAUGGAAAACGAUAAGGAAACUGUACACCAUGUUUUUACACCACAUUAGAAAGUGUAUAUGAGUGAUUAAGACUCAGGUCCAGUAUGUCUGCAUGGCUGCAGCAGGAGACUGGUCCGACCAGUUAUGCUGAUGCCAAGAAAUCAGAGCCCAGAAGCAAAGAGAAGAAAUGCUCAUGGGCAUCCUACAUGACCAACUCGCCCACUAUGAUCGUUAUGAUUGGCCUCCCUGCCAGAGGCAAGACGUAUAUGUCUAAGAAACUCACACGCUACCUCAAUUGGAUAGGAGUUCCCACCAAGGUGUUCAACCUGGGUGUGUACCGGAGGGAGGCAGUUAAAGCAUACAAGUCUUAUGACUUCUUCAGACAUGACAAUGAGGAAGCCAUGAAGAUAAGAAAACAGUGUGCCUUGGUUGCCCUGCAGGAUGUGAAGACCUACCUGAAUGAGGAUGGGGGACAAAUAGCUGUAUUUGAUGCCACAAACACAACUAGGGAGAGGCGAGAUCUCAUAUUGAACUUUGUGAAUGAGAAUGCGUACAAGGUGUUUUUUGUGGAGUCGGUUUGUGAUGACCCAGAUGUUAUUGCUGCCAACAUCCUGGAAGUCAAGGUUUCCAGUCCAGAUUAUCCAGAGAGACAUAGAGAGAGGGUUAUGGAUGAUUUCUUGAAACGCAUUGAAUGUUAUAAGGUCACUUAUCAACCACUAGACCCUGAUGAAUAUGACAAAGAUCUGUCAUUCAUCAAGGUGAUGAAUGUGGGCCGUCGGUUCAUGGUAAACCGUGUUCAGGACUACAUCCAGAGCAAGAUUGUCUACUACCUUAUGAACAUCCACGUACACUCCCACUCCAUCUACCUGUGCAGGCAUGGAGAGAGUGAGCACAAUGUCCAAGGCCGCAUUGGAGGGGACUCGCAACUGUCCCCCCGAGGGAGACAGUUUUCAAGUGCACUGCAGGGUUUUAUUGAAGAGCACAAGCUGUCAGAUUUGAAGGUUUGGACCAGCCAGUUGAGGAGAACUAUCCAGACAGCUGAAGAGCUGGGAGUCCCCUAUGAACAGUGGAAAAUCCUCAAUGAAAUAGAUGCUGGUGUAUGCGAGGAGAUGACCUAUGAAAUGAUCCAGAACACAUUCCCAGAGGAGUUUGCUUUACGGGAUCAGGACAAAUAUCACUACAGAUAUCCUGGAGGAGAGUCAUAUCAGGACCUGGUUCAGCGAUUGGAGCCUGUGAUUAUGGAACUUGAGAGACAGGGCAAUGUACUAGUCAUCUGCCAUCAGGCAGUUAUGCGCUGCCUACUAGCCUAUUUCUUGGACAAGAGUGCAGAUGAUCUUCCUUAUUUGAAAUGCCCCCUACAUACUGUCAUGAAACUCACUCCUGUUGCCUACGGUUGCAAAGUGGAGAUGUUUUACCUGAAUGUGGAGGCAGUGAACACACAUCGAGACCGACCACUUGGGGUAGUCAGAGGAGACUCCGCCCCUCUGCUGCUGAGGCGGAAUAGUUACACCCCCCUCUCAAGUCACGAUCAGGUUAAACGGCCCCGCCUCUACAGCGCUGGCAACUGGCCCUGGCUGCCCCUAACCCCUUCCCCCACCACCCUGCACAACCCUGACUUGCCAGAUGGAGCGCUGCUGCUUCAGCAAAGCCAAUCCCGUAUGGUUGGCAGUCAUCUGACUCCUUGUGUGAAGGAAUCAACUUUGACAGCCCAGAUGAAGUUAAUGACUGUUUCCACUUCUGAGUGAGGGGGAAUUUACAUAAUCCUGCAUGACAUGUACUUUCAUAUUCUCUCUUUCCUCGCCCCCACCUCCAGCUGCUUUAUCAGAGAAUAGACUACAUUUCCCUUAAGCCCCCUGCAUGACAAGUCACCACAGAGACAGCUAAAAGGUAUUCCAUCAUUUUCUGUCACAACCUUUAAGAAAUGAAACGUUUAUAAAUAUAACUUCAUAUUUUCUUGGUUGUCUGAAGUGAUGCCUUAUUGAAGACUGGAAAAAGGAGAUUCUCUCCAUAAACUGACUGUGCUUUAUUAGAAUUUGGACAAGAGUUGUGCAAUCCUAUUAUAUCUCAGAACAAAUAAAUUGCUUGUGCAGCUAGCAGCUUGAAAAGAAUGCAAGUAUGGCCUUAAAAAAAAAAAGGAAAUAAAAAAUGAAUUUUUGGCCUUGAACAAGAUUAUAAAUUUUUUUAUUUUUACUAUUUAUUUUAUGAAUGAUACUCCUAUAUGGAAUAUGGUACAAAAUGACAACUAGCCAUGCAAUAUUUUUGAAGAAAUGUAUUAAUGUGUAGCAUCAUAACAAAGAUGCAAAAGAGAUGAGAUAUAAAUUGAGUAUAUUUUACAGGUCUGGUAAUUGAUGCUGAAAAUUCUGGCAAAUGUUGCUUUAUAUUGAGGUUUUGAAUGUAAUUUGUUUUGAUGUCUUUGUUUACCAUAAUCCGUUAUGGAAGGUGCUUUUUAAGCAAAUAACUGUAUUGCAUACCCAACUGGAGAAUUCAGAUUCUUUAAGGAGAGAGAACAUGAACUUUUUCCCAGAGUAUGGGUUUGGAACUGGAGCUGGAAUUACUAGCUUAAUGACAAGUUACUGUCUGCCUAUAUUUUCAUGUGAGGGGCUGCACUGUUCAGAUGCAAUUCUGAUACAUGUGGCAGUUUAUUUCCUGGACAAAAAAUAAGCCUAGUCUUUGACCUCACCAUUAAUGACCAUCAACAGCGUAUCACGAUGAAUGAAUUUGCUUAAUCAAUGUCCAGGAUUUCACUACACAGUGUUUCUUAUGAUUUAAGUUCUGUACAUAUGAUGCAGAUGUUACUUUGUCUUAGGUAAACACCCUCUGCACUUAAUUGCCAAUGUAUCCGAGUAUGUUCAAUCCUGCUGCAUAAAAUUAAUGCUGUUUCACAGCAACCAAGGUGCAAUUGAGAUAACCAAGCAUGCAUUGCCCUUGUGUAGUGGCUGUAGUGUACUGAAUCUUUGGCACAGUAUAUAUAUAUAUUGCACAUCAAAUGUGAAUUUUAACUGUUAUAUAUUAUGAAUGCUUUUUCAAUGGCAUACCACACAGAAUGUAAAAUACAUGAUUGAUUGAUUUUCAGCCCUUGGAAAGUUGCCUGUAACAUUUUGCAAUGAUAUUGAUAUUGGCUCCGAUUACAUACAAUAAUUAAACUUCUGAUUCUGCACUGUCA